AUGAGCUGGGACCGCAUCAUUCAGGACUCCGAUGACGAGGAGAUCCUCAUUGAAGAUGACUUUCCAACAUCAACCGAUCCACUACAGGGCCACAACUACUCUCCAACGCAAGAAAAUCAACCCGUAGAGUAUCAAACAGAUUACCCAAUCGAGCCUUCCCACAAUGCCAGCCAACAGCUGAGCGUCAACUUCGAUCAAUUCCUGCAGUCACAAGAAGGGUUUGAACCAAUUACUGCUUCCCAGCAACGCUUGGAGGCAAGAUGGAUUCCCUCGGUCAAUGAAGGUGGGGCCGAAUCAAUUGGUCCCAUGAUGAGGGAAAUUGGAAUGGCUCAACAGAAACUUUUCGACGAUGUCGGCUCCAGUGCAGGCCAUCUCCCUUCAACAACGCCAUAUCCUAGCGAGAUCUCCCAGCCAGGAUCAUUCCCCACGACGCAAAACUAUCAGAUCCAGCCAACGAUUCAAAUGGCUAGCAGUUUCAAUGUGAUUUUGAACCAUGCCAUCGAUCCAUUUAGGGAAGGUGGAGACACACAGCUUAUUGAAUCAGUUCAUGCCCACCAAGCCUACGACUAUAGCAUACCCGCUACAUCGAACAGCAUCGCCUCACCCUUAGGCGCAACAUCCGAGAAAAUGACAACAACGUAUACUCAUGUCAACUUGAAUUCAGGUACCAACUACUUGCAAAAGCCAUUAGAGCAGUCAAAGACGUUCAAUCCAACAAUGAAUUCUCCACAUGAUACAGAGCCGUCAUCUUCUGUCGCGUCGCCGUUGAAACGAUCGAAGAGCCAUAAUGGUAGCCCAGGCACGAUCUGUCCGCAUUCACCAGGUGGACUCCACGAUGAGCUUUCGAUGCCUGUCGUGGUUGUGGAGGUAUCUAGCGUAAAGAAGGGCCGCGGGCGUCCAAGGAAACAAGCCAUUCCGCAAGAUGACGAUGAUGACGAGCUUGCUAUGACUGUAUCUCCUGAGGUUCCUGCCAAUGGCGCUGCUGAGCCCGCAGUCGUGGUUCCUCCCAGCCGGAAAAAUAAUGCAUUAGAGCUCCCCCAGGAGCCUGAUAAAGAGCAUGAGAAGGCUCCAAAGGCUCCAAGGAAGAAAGGGGUCAAAAGGAGCAAGACUGCUUCUGCUGUGCUCGAGAAAUCACGGAAAGAGGUUAUAGAUGACGAUGUCAUCUGGGUAGAGUCCAGACCACUGGAAGAAAUUACGAAUAAUACAGAGGCUGCUGAGUCCGAGAAUCCAACCCCGAGUAUUCCUGCCACGAUCUCUUCAGUUCCAGCUACCAUUGAAGCAAAGCCCCCGCCCAAAAAACGAGGACGUAAACGCAAGACAGCCGAUGUAACCGAACCUGAGCCUGCCCAAGCACCGGAAGAGCAGACAACAGCACCGGCCGCUAUUCAAGCUUCCAUAUUAAUCGAAAAUACAGAAUCAAAGCAAGAAACAAAAUCUACCAGCAAUUAUCAAACUUCACAGCCAGAAUUAACUGCUCUUACAAAAUCAUCCGAGCUCCCUCCACAGACGCCCUUGGAACAAUCUACCAAUGAGUCGGGAACUGGUACCACACGUAAAGUACCGUCCAAGUACAGUCCCAUCAUGUCGACUAGCAAAGUGCCAUAUCGGGUUGGUUUGAGUCGGAAUGCGCGGAUUGCACCGUUGCUUAAGAUGGUACGAAAGUGA